ACAAUUGUGAGAAUCGACAACUGCCUUCAAGACAAAACAAUAUCACGUGACAAGGCUAUCGCGAGGUCACACUGUGGUGGAUCGGACAUCUUGAAAUACUCUCGUCUACAAGUCUCGGUUUCAUGUGAAGACUUUCCUCCAUCAUCAACUGAAAGAGUCGGAAGUCGUUAUCAAACAGGAUGCUGGAAUAACCAUCUCCGGGGGCGCUCAAGACGACUAGGCGACAUGUCAGGGAGCAAUGCUACAGCCGCCGUUCAUGUCGGCGUUACCAGCACACUGUUGGAAAAUACUUCAGCAGCGACACAGAGCAUCAUCAACCCCACAACGACACAGAACAUCGUCAACACCACAACGACAUCACCUGGGUUCUUUGACCAGAAGAUUUUAUCGGAAGCUUGGGAUGCCAACAAGACGACCGUGGCCUGGCUGGUGCCUGUGAUCGUCGUCGUGGUCGGGAUACUGGUGCUGGUGGCUCUGGCGCUGGUGUAUGUGAUCCGGGGGUUCGAACUGUGGGUGUUGAAGUGCUGCCACAAGGUGUGUGGUUGUUGUGAGGCCCCCGCCCGACGCCUGGACAACGAAUACACCCACCUGACGGAAUCCAUGCACGACAACGACGCCGUCAACAUGACAGAAUUUGAACGAGGAAGCGGGUCAUCAGCGGCCUAUCGAGGCCUUAGUUCAGACAAACAGGACUAAAUGAACUAUACGAGGUAAACAAGACAACACCACUGACAUCUACCGUGAGACGGACACAAGGAACGGCGGAAUAUGCUGGGACCAGUUUGUCUGUUAAAAUAUAUAAUGUCAGUACCAUUCGUCAUGUCGCAUGUCUGCACACAGGACUGAGUGAACUAAACGUCUGGAGAAAUGCUGAUAUGUUUCAGCUUUGGCUAAAGCGGUGUUGUAUUGCAUAGGUUGGAAUAAACCGUAUUUGCUGCA